UAAGGAGAAAACAAUCACAAUCUUUUAAAUACUUUUACAUGCAUAUAGAUCUGUUUAAUGACAGUCCCUUCUCAUGAAAAUUGAGGUAGCUAGCUAGAGAGGCCGGCUAGCAGAAAUGGAUUUGAACCAGUCAGUGGAUUUCCCAUUUUCCUCACCCCCAUCUCCACAACUGCAAAACGUCAUGCCUUUGGCGUCUUUCAUGUUGCCUAAUCACCAUCAAACAAGCAAAAGGAAUAUUUUGGAGUUUUUUUGGAAUCAACAGUUGGUGGAGAUUUAUAAUACUUCAGUGUGUAAGAGCCACCAUCAACUACCUCUCGCAAGGAUCAAAAGGAUAAUGAAAUCCGAUGGGAAAGUUAAGAUGAUCAGCGCAGACACUCCUGCUAUCUUCUCCAAAGCUUGUGAGCUGUUCAUUCUGGAGCUCACACUCCGCGCAUGGCUGCAAACCGAAGAGUGUAAGAGGCGAACACUCCAGCGCUGUGACAUUGCCACGGCCAUUAGUCACGAUGACCUUCUUGACUUCUUGGUUGAUCUCGUUCCCUUGGAUCGUGAUCACCAUUACUAUAAGGAAAAUGGGACUGGAAAAAAUUUAGAACAAACUCUUUCUGGUUCUGCUGAAUCACUGCAUCAUCAUCCUAUGAUGAUUAACAUAGGCGAAUCGGCCCCAGAAGUGCCGUGGCCAUACAUGAUUGACCCAUCAAUGUGCUGUGCUGAUCUGGAUCGGAGUAUGAUUCUCCUUCCAAGUGAUAAAUCAAUGUAAUGAAGGAAUGUGGCACAACAACAUGCAGCUGGUAGCCAACACCAUGUUAUAAAUAAAUUAAUAAAUGUAUAAAAUAUAUAUCAAAG